GGCAAUCGAACUGAAAGAACGAAAAAUCCUGGGAGUCUCCGACUCUGUUCUCCUGUUAUCGAUUGGUACUCCCCAAACCUCCAAACCCAGGCUCCAGGCUCCAGGCUCCAGGCUCCCCAGAGAGAGAGAGAGAGAGAGAGAGAGAGUCAUCCGCCUUUCCUCCUCUCCUCAAGCUGCCAACACUGAACAGGGCCCAAUGGCGUUCUGUGGCACGGCACAGCUGCUGAGCCCCAGUCUCAGCCCUUCACUCAGCUCCUCCCGGAGAAGAGCAACCCACUCCGUUGUUCGCCCCACCGCUUCACACUCUCCUCUUAACUCUUCUUCUUUUUCUUCAGCUACUAUCAAAUGUGAUCAUUCCUCCACUCCAUUUCCUCUUCCUGACCCCUCAAUCCGCUCCCCUAAAUCUAAAACCCUCUCCCCUCUCUUCAAAAUCUUUGCCUUCUUCGGUCCCUCUGGUGUUCUCUUCCACCUAUCUUCCUCCAACCCUCCUCUUUUCUCAACCAAUGGUUACGGCCCUGGCAACAGCGGACCCGUCGAUGGAGGUGGCGGCGGUGGCGGUUGGGGUUGGAAUGGCAAUGGUGGUGGUGGUGAUGAUGGCGGUUUCUGGUCACGAUUGUUCUCUCCAUCAGCUAUAGCUGGAGAAGAAGAAUCUCAAUCUCAGGAAUGGGACACCCAUGGUCUUCCGGCGAACAUCGUUGUUCAACUCAACAAGCUCAGUGGAUUCAAGAAAUACAAGUUAUCUGAGAUUCUAUUCUUCGACCGUCGUCGUAGGACAACCGUGGGCACCGAAGAUUCCUUCUUCGAGAUGGUCUCCCUCCGCCCUGGUGGCAUCUACACGAAGGCCCAUCUUCAGAAGGAGCUUGAAACCCUAGCUACCUGUGGGAUGUUCGAGAAGGUAGAUCUGGAGGGUAAGACCAUGCCAGAUGGUACUCUCGCCGUCACGAUAUCCUUUGCCGAAAGCACAUGGCAGUCGGCUGACUCUUUCCGUUGCAUCAAUGUUGGUAUGAUGCCGCAGUCCAAGCCAGUGGAGAUGGACCCUGACAUGACUGAUAAGGAGAAAAUGGAAUAUUUCCGGAGUCAGGAGAAGGAUUACAAGAGGAGAAUUGAAAGGGCAAGGCCGUGUCUGUUGCCGCUCCCUGUUCAUCGGGAGGUCAUGCAGAUGCUAAGGGAGCAGGGGAAGGUCAGUGCCAGGUUACUACAGAGGAUUCGGGACCGAGUCCAGAAGUGGUACCACGACGAAGGCUACGCCUGUGCGCAGGUUGUGAAUUUCGGCAAUCUCAAUACGAAGGAGGUGGUGUGCGAGGUUGUGGAGGGUGAUAUUACCCAAUUGGUUGUACAGUUUCAAGAUAAGCUGGGGAAUGUCUGUGAGGGGAACACCCAACUUGCUGUCGUUAGGAGAGAAUUGCCCAAACAGCUUCGACAAGGCCAUAUUUUCAAUAUAGAAGCAGGGAAACAAGCUCUCAGGAACAUAAAUUCUCUUGCUUUAUUCUCCAAUAUCGAAGUGAACCCACGACCUGAUGAAAAGAAUGAUGGAGGAAUCAUAGUUGAGAUAAAGCUGAAGGAGCUCGAGCAAAAGACUGCCGAAGUCAGCACAGAGUGGAGUAUCGUUCCUGGACGUCAAGGUCGACCAACCCUGGCAUCAAUCCAACCUUCAGGAACCGUCUCCUUUGAGCAUCGAAAUCUCAAUGGGCUAAAUAGAUCUCUUCUUGGUUCAGUAACCACCAGCAAUUUUCUCAAUCCACAGGAUGAUCUUGCUUUCAAGCUGGAGUAUGUACAUCCAUAUCUUGAUGGUGUGUACAAUCCUCGCAACCGCAUCUUCCGUGCAAACUGCUUCAACAGCCGGAAGCUGAGCCCAGUUUUCACGGGUGGACCCGGCACUGAUGAAGUUCCACCAAUAUGGGUUGAUCGAGCAGGUUUCAAAGCCAAUAUUACAGAGAGCUUCACUCGUCAGAGCAAAUUUACGUAUGGACUGGUGAUGGAGGAAAUAACAACACGUGAUGAAAGCAGUCACAUUUCUGCUAAUGGUCAGAGGCAAUUGCCAAGUGGGGGAAUCACUGCAGAUGGACCUCCAACAACCCUCAGUGGCACUGGCAUUGAUCGAAUGGCAUUUGCACAGGCAAAUAUCACACGUGAUAACACUAAGUUUGUGAAUGGAGCCAUAGUGGGUGAGAGGAAUGUGUUUCAGCUGGACCAGGGGCUUGGAGUUGGCAGCAAGUUUCCAUUCUUUAAUCGCCACCAGCUAACAGUGACCCGCUUCAUCCCAUUGAAGGAGGUUGAAGAAGGUGCGGGUAAACCACCACCCCCUUUACUGAUCCUUCAUGGCCACUAUGGUGGUUGUGUGGGAGACCUCCCCAGCUAUGAUGCUUUUACACUUGGCGGGCCUUACUCUGUGAGGGGCUACAACAUGGGUGAGCUUGGUGCUUGCAGAAACAUCCUUGAGCUUGCAGCUGAGCUGCGUAUACCUGUGAGGAACACCCAUGUUUAUGCUUUUGCUGAACAUGGCAAUGAUCUUGGAAGUUCAAAGGAUGUGAAGGGGAACCCAACGGAGUAUUACCGGCGAGCAGGUCAAGGCUCCUCAUAUGGUGUCGGUGUGAAGCUAGGUCUGGUACGUGCAGAGUAUGCUGUUGAUCACAAUGCCGGUACUGGUGCACUUUUUCUUAGGUUUGGCGAGAGGUUUUGAAAAGAGCAGUCUUAGUGUAAUUUUAAAUUUUUGUUUGAGAUCCAUUUCUUCUGCUGCGAUUGGAGCAAAAUUUUUGGCUUGUAGGGCCCAAAAAAUCAGAGUUACUUUUUUACUGGACUAGAAAUAUAUUCUCAGAUGAACCACUAGAAAUAUCUUCUCAUAUAAAUCAAAUUCAAGGCAUUCUUUCUUCCA